AUUUGGUGACAUUAGCACUUACCUUCUUUAUGUGACCAUAUGUUUUGCAAGAUGUCAGGCGGGCCCAUUAACUCCGCGCAGAGUCGCCCCACAUCAGGGAGACGAGGACGUUACGACGCUGUAGAUCUUGCACGUGAUGUUACCCCAGUAAUGAACGCGGGGCAUACUCAGUCUAUUAGUCCACAGGGUUCUAUUCAUGGCGAUAAUAUGAAGGAUGAGCGGGAUAAGUGGCGUACAAAUGGUGAGUAUAGGCUGGUAUGGGUGCCCGAGCACCUAUGGCCUACAUUAUGCACUUAUUGGGAUUCUGAUGAGUUUCACAUUCUUAGCGAGAGGGGGAAGAAAAACCGAGCAUCUGGGGAACAAGUUUCACACACUACAAGAUCAGUGAGUUUUGAUGUACAUGAAGAAUGGAUGACCAAAGCUGCUGGGGGGAUAAGGCCAGCACACCAAGACCUAUAUAAGGAAACACACACUUUGCGAAAAGGCUUCCCCCAAGGGCAGGAAGCUCCAUGGUGUGGCGACAAACAUAAGGAUCAUCAUGAUACAUAUGUCAGUGAGUGCUCUACUACUUAUGGCUCGGACUCAGCAUCAUGGCUGCCACGGGACAAUGACGCUUGGGUAGUUGCUGUUGGUGAAUGCCAUAGCAAUUUCAUGCCGGGAAUUGGUUCACAUGUAAACCCAGAGGAACUUGGUGCGUACGGGAUGCGCCCGCCUAGUGCUACCCCAUCGUUGCCUCACACAGGGCAAGCAUUUCUUCCUGUAGGGACAGCAUUCCCUAUUGCUAGGCCAUUGUUUCAUGCUAGUGGGCCAUCAUUUCCUCAUGCAAUGCCAAUGCAACUCCCAAUAGAACCUGCAUUCCCAAUGGGCCAAAUGGGGAGACAAUCAGAAGCUCCGAAUACAUCUUCACCCAAUCCCCCGCAAGAUGAGCCAUCACCAUGUCCAGCUUCGAUCCUGCAUGCUAGUCGGACCAUCCUCAGCCAUCUCCAUGUCUUAUGCAAUUCUCUCCUCCACUUCCUUCUCUUGCGUACAUGUUGCACCAUCAUAGCUAGCUCAGGCGCCCAUGCAUCUCGCGCGAUCCAUGUUCGAGCUGCAUGCUGCGAAUCAGAGAUAUUCGGCCAGCCACCUAGCUAGCUAGCUCCUUUCUCCUGCAUGCUGCAGAUAUCAUCAGGCAUCUCCAGCUCCGAUCCAGCAUGCUGUGUGCUAGCUGCAGAUCUCUCCGGCCGGCCACACGGAUGACGCCCAAACUCUCAGCCUCUGUUUUUUUUUUUUUUCCUGUUAAUUCCCUUGAAAGACAUUGUAUGAAAUAUUUUUGUAAAUUAAAAAUUAAUUAUUCCU